UUUAGCAGACGGAGGCUGGGCCAGGGUGACCCAAGCCGGAGGGGACCGUCCCGCGUCUUGUCGGUCCACCGAUUGCUUGUGGUCGUUAAAGUUUUUUCUUUUCUUGUUUCGGGACAGAAAGUCUUUCGGUCCCUCCGCCCCCGCCCGGAGUCACAGAGUCCCGCCAGAUAUCCCAAGUGCUGGGAAGCCUGCUGGAAACGCUGUGUUGUUGGGAAGCGCGUCUUCUUGUCGGGGCCGCAGGAAGGAAGCGUAAAUGGUACCAGUCAAUGUGUCUGCAACCAAGUAGCGCUGGAUCGUCCUAUCCCCUGAAUGCAGCCUUGCUGGUUACCUUCUACGUUAUUCACCCCGUUUUCCACUUAAGGACGCUGACUCUCCGAGAAAUUUAAUGGUUGCCCAGUGACACACAGCUGUUGAGUUUUGGUCUAGAAGGAAACUAACUGCCUCUGGGGGCUGAGCCCUAACCACAAACCACAAGUCAAAGACACCAGCUAACAGCACCAGGAUCCAGAAGUUAAACCAGCGGAGUCACCGUCACUUCUAUGGCUACCUCACAGACGCCAGAAAUGGUCGCUGCUCACGUUCCUUUUGCAGAUUUGUGUUCCACUUUAGAACGAAUACAGAGAAGUAAAGGACGUGCAGAAAAAAUCAGACACUUCAGGGAAUUUUUAGAUUCUUGGAGAAGAUUUCACGACGCCCUUCAUAAGAACCAAAAAGAUGUCAAGGACUCUUUUUACCCAGCAAUGCGACUUAUUCUCCCUCAGCUCGAACGACAGAGAAUGGCCUAUGGAAUCAAAGAAACCAUGCUUGCUAAACUUUAUAUUGAAUUGCUUAAUUUACCCAAAGAAGGAAAAGACGCCCUUAAGCUUUUAAAUUACAGGACACCCACUGGAACUCGUGGGGAUGCUGGGGACUUUGCAAUGAUUGCCUAUUUCGUGUUGAAACCAAGAUGUUUGCAGAAAGGAAGUUUAACCAUACAGCAAGUGAAUGACCUUUUAGACUCCAUUGCCAGCAAUAAUUCUGCCAGAAGAAAGGACCUGAUGAAAAAGAGUCUUCUUCAGCUGAUCACGCAGAGUUCAGCCCUGGAACAAAAGUGGCUUAUCCGGAUGAUAGUGAAGGACUUGAAACUUGGUUUUAGUGAGCAGUCUGUGUUUUCCGUUUUCCACAAUGAUGCGGCCGAGUUGCAUAAUGUCACCACAGAUCUUGAAAAAGUCUGCAUGCAGCUGCACGACCCUUCCGUUGGACUCAGUGAUAUCUCUAUCACUUUAUUCUCUGCCUUUAAGCCCAUGCUGGCUGCCAUAGCAGAUAUUGAUCGAAUAGAGAAGGACAUGAAACACCAGAGUUUCUACAUUGAAACCAAGCUGGAUGGUGAGCGCAUGCAAAUGCACAAGGAUGGCAAUGAGUAUGAGUACUUCUCCCGGAACGGGUAUAAGUUCACGGAUCAGUUUGGAGAUUCUCCACAGAAAGGCUCUCUGACACCCUUCAUUCAUGGUGCCUUCAAGACAGACGUGCAGACCUGUAUCCUGGAUGGGGAGAUGAUGGCCUUCAACCCUAAUACGCAGACUUUUAUGCAGAAGGGGAAUAAGUUCGAUAUCAAAAGAAUGGUGGAAGAUUCUGAACUGCAGACUUGUUACUGUGUUUUUGACGUACUGAUGGUCAAUAAUAAAAAGCUAGGGCGUGAGACCCUGAAAAAGAGGCAUGAAAUUCUCACCAGUGUUUUUACACCAAUACCGGGGAGGAUAGACAUAGUGCAAAAAACCCUGGCUCAUACUAAGAAGGAAGUAAUUGAUGCUCUGAACGAAGCAAUAGACAAAAGAGAAGAGGGAAUCAUGAUCAAACAUCCUCUCUCCAUUUACAAGCCAGACAAAAGAGGUGAAGGAUGGUUAAAAAUUAAGCCAGAGUAUGUCGACGGCCUGAUGGAUGAACUGGACGUCUUAAUUGUCGGGGGCUACUGGGGCACAGGUUCGCGAGGUGGAAUGAUGUCUCAUUUUCUGUGUGCCAUAGCGGAGAAGCCGCCUCCUGGUGAGAAACCCUCCGUGUUUCACACUCUCUGUCGUGUCGGUUCAGGUUACACCAUGAAAGAACUGUAUGAUCUGGGUUUGAAAUUGGCCAAGCAUUGGAAGCCUUUUCAUAGAAAAGCUCCCCCAGGUAGCAUUUUAUGUGGAACAGAGAAGCCCGAAGUGUACAUUGAGCCGUGCAAUUCCGUCAUUGUUCAGAUUAAAGCGACCGAGAUCGUCUCCAGCGAUAUGUAUAAAACUGGCUGCACGUUGCGCUUCCCCCGAAUCGAGAAGAUCCGGGAAGACAAGGAGUGGUACGAAUGCACCUCCUUGGAUGACUUGGAGCGGCUUCGGGGGAAGGCAUCUGGAAAGCUCGCAUCCAAACACCUUUUUGUCGGGGACGAUGAGCCACAGGAGAAGAGGCGGAAAGCUGCCCCAAAGGUGAAGAAAGUUAUUGGGAUUAUCGAGCACUUGAAAGCACCUAACCUUUCUAAUGUAAACAAAGUUUCUAAUAUAUUUGAAGACGUGGAGUUUUGUGUCAUGAGUGGAACAGAGAGCCACCCAAAGCCCGACCUGGAGAGCAGACUUGCGGAGUUCGGUGGUUACAUAGUGCAAAACCCAGGCCCGGACACCUACUGCGUGAUUGCAGGGUCUGAGAACAUCAGAGUGAAAAACAUCAUUUCUUCGGAUAAACAUGACGUUGUGAGGCCUGAGUGGCUGUUAGAGUGCUUUAAGACCAAACGCUGUGUGCCCUGGCAGCCUCGCUUUAUGAUUCACAUGUGCCCCUCGACACGGCAGCAUUUUGCUCGUGAAUACGAUUGUUAUGGUGACAGUUACUUCACCGACACAGAUUUGAACCAACUGAAAGAAGUGUUCUCAGCAAUGAAAAAUCCUGGCGAACAAAGUCCCAGAGAAAUGGCUUCCGCGAUUACUAAUUUAGAAUGUCGAUACUCCUGGGACCGCUCCCCGCUCAGUAUGUUUCGACACCAUGUUAUUUACUUGGACUUGUAUGCUGUUAUUAACGACUUGAGUACCAAAAUCGAGGGGACAAGGUUAGCCUUUACAGCUUUGGAACUUCGGUUUCACGGAGCAAAAGUAGUUUCUUGUUUAGCUCAGGGAGUGUCCCAUGUGAUCGUUGGGGAGGAUCGAAGCCGUCUUGCAGACUUGAAAGCUUUCCGAAGAACUCUUAAGAGAAAGUUUAAAAUCUUGCAACAAGAUUGGGUCACUGAUUCCAUAGACAAGUGUGAGUUGCAAGAGGAAAAUCAAUAUUUGGUUUAAAGCUGCCUUUUCUAGUGAGGAAAGCCUGUGAUCUGUGUACUCAUCAUAACAGAUGGUAAAGAUAGAAUGUUAAACUACGUCUUGUUUUUACCCGUUAAAAUUUAUGUUCAAAUGAUAUUAUUAGAAUAGAAAACCAAUAAUUUUAACUUUUAGAUAGGUAAGACCCUGAAUAGCCCAAAGCCAGAAAGAAAACAUUCUUUUAGCAUUGUAAUGUGUGAUGACUUUUAAAACCAAGAUGAAAUAAACUGUUUAAAGAAGACAUGUUGGUAUAUAAUCCUGAUAGAAAUCUAGAAUUUUUACUCCAAUGGUAAUAAAAGACAUUCUGAAGCUUUGAGAGUCAUUAGAAGCAUUGAUCUAAUUGGAUUUUCUGGAGUCAAAGUAAAAUUUUAAUCGUUUUUAUGUAAUAAAGCAUUGCAAGAGGAAAGAAUUGUUAUAGUCAGACUUGUAAAAUUAUGUCUUUUAAAUUGAAGGCUAAAAUUCUUUUAAGUGUGAAAUGUAAACAUUUGUUUUUUUUUAAGGUUAAGGGCAAGCUCAUGAAUAAAACCUGUUAUGUCAUUAGGUAAAUUAGGGGAAAUUGAAUGAGACUCCAUGGUCUCAAAACUUAAAAUUAGAUCAAUUUGAUUUAAAAGGAACUUGCCAUUUUUAAAGUACUUGGCCCACAUUGAUUGUUUCUCUACAAUAGGGCAUGUUCAAAGAUCAUGUUUUCAUGUGAACUUUACUCCAGGAAAAUUGUAGUCACAAAGAGUGAUUUUCCUGGAUGUAAUCCACUGAGUACAUGUCAAAAUAGCAUAUGUGUUGGGACUUUCUUUUUACAGGGAGGUAAAGUGCUUUGACAGUUUAAAACUAUUUUUAUCCCUAGGUUAUUUAAAUUCAGUAUGUAUAAUAUAUACUGUGUCUGAAUUCUAUACCAAAGUUUGGAACACAGUAUAUUCAUUUUGGAAAAUAGUUUUAUGACACCUUUGAAAUGUUUAAAAUAUAGAACCCAAGGAACUGUGUAUAGGUUAUUUGUAAGUAGAUUGAAAUUUUACUGAAAUAGCAGAACAAGUGUAAUUUUAUUUCUUAAUUUAAAUAAAAUAUUUAAUGUGCUAUUGAA